AUUAAAUUUGUCUCCAAGGUGGAUGAAACGGGAUAAAAUAAAUUGUAAAUCUCUGUCAGGUCCCCAUAGACCAAUGACAGCUCCUCAUGGUUCUGUGACAGCUCCACAUAGUCCUGUGACAGUUCUAUCUCGUGGUGAUGCAACAUCAAGCUGCUGGAUGUCUCCAUUUGUGAAGAAGAUCCAGAGAGAUUUGACCAUCAUUCCGUCACCAAGGGAACAUCUGGACAACUUUCAUGUCACUGAUGACCGACAGCUGCCUGUCGAGAGAUCUACUGCGGAGUGCCCAAAGCCCAGAGAAACGAUGCAUCAUGGAAUUGACAAAGAAAAAAAGCCACCAGACCUUCCGCUCUUCAACCUGGAAACAAAUGUUGGUCACCAAGUGGCAGUGGCAGGCUGUGGUAACCAUGCAGAGAAACAUGAGAAAAUGUCUGCCUAUUCAGACAUUGAAGAGAGCUGUGCACCUCAUACACAAACAUUUACAACUGUAGAUUUCAGGUCAUCCAGCUCCCGUGGAAUCAAUGUCUGGGGCAGUGGACACACACCACUUUCCUUAUAUAUAUGGCUGAGAAAUGGUUCUGUGCUCAUUCACUGUUAUCAGAGUUGGACCAUGGAUAUGUUGAACAUGGGCGUGAGAGCCUGGCACAUUUACUCCUACAGGAACAAUGAAGACCCAUCGUGGGGACAGGAUUUUUCUCAGGACGUCUUACGUUUUGAGCAAGUGCAAGACUCAAAAUGGGCUCAGAAACUUGAGUUGACACAUACACAAAAUAGCUGUGCAUACGAUUUUCGAAAUUCGCACAACGAAUACGUGUUUGAUUUAUGCACCGGGUUGCAUGGCGGCUAUGGCCACACCCGUUGCGGCACUUCAAACAACCUUAACAACAACAGCAGCACCAAAGGUCUCGACCUUUUUGCCAGCGAAGACAUCAGUGUUGGGGAGACCAGGCUUAAGACGGGGGAUUUAGAGUGUCUCGGUGCAAGGAAAAUGGAAAAAUUUCAAAACAAGCUCCCCCCACUCAUGCUCUACAGAAAAAAAGCUGAAGUAACAAAGAAGCUGGCCAUGAAGAAAAUAAUUCGAUUGGAGAAUCUCCCCGUGCUCCCUAUGUUUGCCGGGAUCAAAGACAUUUUAAACACUGGUGACUCUGAGUCCGUCCACGCCAUUGUUUCUGGGAGUCAGAGUUCCAAGUCGUCGCAAGGGGAUGAAUCAGGUAAGCCAGAUUCUACAGUUAGUUCAGAGAGCAGUGCACAGACAAAGUCUGAUGCCGAGUCCAUCGGCAGUAACACAGGGAGGUCUCCCAAAAAAAAAUCUCUGGGAAGAGACAAAUCGGUUGAGAGGUGUCCAUCGGAAGUCUCAGCAGACGGUCCGAGAAAGUUCAAGGCCAGGCCCUCCAAGAUGGGGUCAGCCAAGAAAGGUGCUAAAAGCCAGGAAACUGGUCAGCGGAAUCCAUGUAUGAUAGGCAGCUUAAGUGAGGUUGUCAUUGGAGACGUCAGUGAAUACGUCUACAGUCAGAUGCAGGGACAGGAAAAGUCUACCGGUGUUGAUGACGAUGAUGAUGACGAUGAUGAGGAUGAUGACAGUGAGUCAGAGUCUGAUACAGAAUCUGAAGAUGAGGAUGUCCAAUCCAAUGAUUACGUCGUACUCGACAGCAGCACCAAUAUGGUUCCAUGGUUUCUACGAACAACUGUGUCCACGGAACCCUAUGUGGGUCUGGAAGAGUUCUUCGAUGGUUAUGUUGACGAUGAUGAUGAUGAUGGCGGAAGCAGUAAUAAUGAAAGCCCCAAAAAGAAGAAAUCGCCCACCUGUACUAGCUUGUCGACUCCUGUGAUUAAACGGAACAAGGUCUCAGGUACGAUGUAGUAGGCUCUAUUUAAAGCUAUUCAUUUCCUGAAGUUUCAGUAAAGUUUCAAAAAUGUUAGGAGCCUUUAAACACAAUUAAAUCUGCAAUGUUUACUCACAGUUGUAUCUGAAUGCACGGUGGUCAUAUAUAAAGGUGAACUUCAUUUUGGGGCCUUACAUUCUACCCAGAUAGGUAGCAGAUCUCAUCAGACCAGAAUAAGAAUAUUUAAAACUUUAAAGAAUUUUCAGUGCUAAAGCUUUAUAAGACAUUUUAAAGCCCUAAUAAAUAAUAGUUUCUUUAUAUGUAAAGUUCAUUUACUAAUAAAUGAUUUAAGAGAAGUUCAACUGUUGCUGUAAGACUAAAGCAAGCAUUUAUCAGAGGUUUCUUUACUAGGAAGUGAUCCUAAAAAGGGCUAAAAACAGUUUUGAAUCAAUAUAGACCCUGUUCAAGUUCCCAAGACUUGCAAAAUGCCUGCCUGGAUGAGAUACAAAACUGUCAUCCAUCAAUUAAAGAUAUAUAUAAGAUAAACAACUGACACCAAUAAGAUGCACAGCUGUCAUCCAUAAUAUACAUAUUUACAUCUAUAAUCUACACAACUGACAUCCACAAUAUACAAAAUUGACAUCCAUAAUAUACGAAACUGACAUCCACAAUAUACACAAUUGACAUCCACAAUAUACACGAUUGACAUCUAUAAUAUACACAACUGACAUCUAUAAUAUGCACAACUGACAUCCACAAUAUACACAAUUGACAUCCACAAUAUACACAAUUGACAUCCAUAAUAUACACAAUUGACAUCUAUAAUAUAUACAACUGACAUCCACAAUAUACACAAUUGACAUCCAUGAUAUACACAAUUGACAUCCAAAAGAUAGGCAAUUAACAUCUACAAAAUACACAACUGACAUCCACAAAAUACACAACCGACAUCCAUGGGAUACACAAUUCAGUCAUGGUUUAGUACAAUUCAAACUGGUCAAGACAUUUUAAGUUUUUUAUGUUGCUGUAUAAAUAAGGAACCAUAAAUGGGUUUACUAACGCCGGUCCUAUAAUGUCUUGUUUGUUUCCCUUACUUAUUGAUUUUGUCUCUUCCAUUUGAUCCUGUUCACUUUAUGUACCGGUACUGUUGGUGAACAAUAAUACUUUGAGUACCUCUAACAGCUGCGUCUGAAAUGUGCCCAUAGCAACUUGUGUGCUUGUGUUUGGCACCAGUACUGUUGAAUAAAUGAGUUCAAAUCCAGCUUUCUUGUGCAGCACAAGGAAUAAGAUUUAAAAAAAUUAAAUUUAAAGUCGUAUAAAGGUCGCUUUUAAACCCAAGUCUUAUAAGGGUAGCAUUCAGACUUUUGGUGGCCAUCUAGACCAAAGUCUUAUAAGGGUUGCACUCAGAAUUUUGAUGACCUACUGGCCCCACGUCAUUUAAAGGUUGCAUUGAGACUUUUGGUGGCCCUCUAGACUCAAGUCGUAUAAGGGUAGCUUUCAUACUUUUGGUUGACCUCUAGACCCAAGUCUUAUAAAGGUAGCAUUCAGACUUUUUCAUGGCCCUCUAGACCCAAGUCUUAUAAAGGUAGCAUUCAAACUUUUGGUGGCCCUCUAGACGUAAGUCUUAUAAAGGUAGCAUUCAGACUUUUGGUGGCCCUCUAGACCCAAGUCUUAUAAAGGUAGCAUUCAGACUUCUGGUGGCCCUUUGUCAGUGUCCUCCAAGUCCUCCAAGGGUUGUUUAAUUUUGAAACAAUUUUGUUUGACUGUAAAUGUUUAUUGAUAGAAGUGGUCCAGGCCAAAUCUCUUAUUUACAUUUUGCUUCCUGUGUGUCCUGCUUCCUCUUCAAAACCGCCCUUCCCCCAACCCGGCAUAUUUUAUAUCAAUGUUACUGAGUGUUAAAAAAGGCUGUCACGCAGCGAGCGUCAUGCUUGACCGUCGAACUCAGGUCAAUAGUUACAUUUUUUUUGUUAAAGAGGCGGCGAAUAUUAUAUUAAUCAAUGAAGAGCCACGAGUAUGUCUUAGGACGUUCUUCUUCUUCUUCUUAUAUUUGAGGGGCCCACGAUCAAUGUGUUGAUCAUUCUGGCUCCUGGUUUAAAUUCACGUUUAGUGGGAUUAUUUUUUUAAAGGCCGGCAGGUUGAGUGUAGGACUUUCAGUAUGCUUAUUGUUUAACGGCAGGAAAUUAGGGUGUUGGGCUGUCUCUAGGCCUAUUGUUUAAAGGCCGGCUUAUAUGAACGAAAAUGAGAAGUUAACUCUUUUCUUUUUUUUCCUUUUUUUUUUUUUUUUUUUUUUUUUUUUUUUUUGGUAACACUUGGUCCCAAAGGAUAUUUUCUCAAAAUACGAAGCCCGGUGUAAAAAAAACAAACUAGGACCCGGUUAAGCCCUAGUUUAAUAAAUUGCUGGGAUUUUUUUAAUCGUUCAUAGAUUCAUAGCAUUUCCCAAUCAUCGUUUUCUGGUUGAUUUAUUUUAAACAUUGAAUGGAAGAAGUUAAGAAGACUUCCUUCAGCAUUUGUGUGACGUCACAGUUUAAUGAUGAAAUUAGAUCAGUUCUUGAACAUGGCUGAGUUGGAGUAACUCUUGGAUGUACGUGUAAGAUCCAGUUCUGGGCUGACCAGGGUUACAGUUCUUGAACAUGGCUGAGUUUAAGUAAUUCUUGGUGUACGUGUAAGACCCAGUUCUGGACUGACCAGGGUUGCAGUUGUGUAUAGGCUAGCGAUUGACAUGGUGCACUAGAAUGCAGGUGACAUGACAGUAGCCUUAUGAUUGAUAUUCCCAAAUUGCAUAAAUUUCCCGCUCCGGUGAGUCUGGUCUAUUCCACCGUCCACCCAAUGCUCUUGUUCUGAACUUGACCUAAUUUGAAGGCGUCGUUGCCAGUUGCUAAGGACGCACUGCUUUUGACUAAGGUUGCUUCAAUCGAUAAUCCGGUAGACCGGCUGGGUAAAGCUUGGGGUAUCCAAGUCAGCGGUUUAACUUGAUUUAUUGCCCCACAAGUGAACUCCGAAAAGUGAGCACCCUUAAACACACACAAACUUAAUUUAUAUCACGUUAUGCAGAAACGACACUAGCACAGUCUGGGACGUCCCCACGGGCCACACAUCUCGAAGUUAACUGUAUCUUUCAUUAAUUGUUUUUUUAAACAUCGAAUGCAUUUUGGUUGCUUUUAAUUUCAUCACAAUUUCAGGCACAUCUGUACAUUGAUGGGCGCUAUGGUGGCAUCAUGUCAGCACAAAGUAGUUCUAUUCUCACACCUUACCUAGUGUAAGCUCGAAGUAUGUCUAUUCUCACACCCCAACCCCACUUUGCGUUAUCCCAAAUUAUGUCUAUUCUCACACCUCGCGUAGUGUAAGCCUGAAGUAUGUCUAUUAUCACACCACGCCCGGUGUAGGCACCGUGGAUUAGAUCAUUGAACCACUUGUAGGUCUGUAACUGUAAGUCCGGGAGAACAGUUCCUUUAUUUUGACAACCUGUCGCUAAUGGCUUCCAGGCUUUGCUAUUUGACCAGAUCGAUAGAUAUUGUGGGUCAACUUGCGUCUGUUGGAGAAAUGGAACUCGAUUAAUCAGGACUUGGAAAGUCACGUGGGCUGUUUAGAUUACAAUAAUAUUUGCCGGUCGUUUAGUGUACACAUCUGGAUAUCUGUUCCUGGAUAAUUCUCAGAUAUCAGAUUGUGUGUACACAUAGGGGUAUUUGAUUCUGGAUAGUAUACUGGAUAUGUGAUGGGGUGAUUCUGAUCAUGGAUAAUUCUGUGCCAUAUUAGGAUAUAGGAUAUUGUGUGCUACCUUUUUUUUUUAGAUCGUGCUACAUAGAUUUAUGCGAAACAUCCCAUUGGUCUCAUCAAAUGAUCUAUCAAGUUUAUUAUUACAUGUUAGAAGAGAGAAGGUCGUGAUGAGUUCGUUUGCCCCAUUAGUUUGCCCCGUGUGUGUAGAUGGUCAUGUGUGUAGAUUAAGUGAUCAGUUGAUUUAUAUUUCAUAUAUUUCAUAUAUAGGGCCGAGGUCAUGGUGCAAUUGUUACCCGGCAAUGUCCUGGCUUUCAUCGUUAGUCCAGGCGAAGAACAAACGAACGAAUUUAACUAGUGUAUAGGCUUUUAUGUUAGAAAAUUGAUCGGUUAGGCCAGGGCGCCAGUGGUGUGACUCACGCCCCCCCCCCCAACCCCACCGCUCACUGUUCAGUUUAAUGCGAAACCUGCGAGAUGAAAGAAAAGGUACAUCACAAAUUUCCAGGUUAACGUUUGAUGGCUGAACAAUGUUAAACUGAUGCUAAAUACGCUAGACAAUAAACAAUGUUAAACUGAGGCUAAAUGGGCUAGACAUUUAGCAAUGCUAAACUGAAAUUAGGCUAGACAAUAAACAAUGUUAAACUGAAGCUAAAUAGUCUAGAUAAUAAACAAUUUUAAACUCUUGCUAAAUUCGCUAGACAAUAAACAAUGUUAAACUGAUGCUAAAUAGGCUAGACAAUAAACAAUGUUAAACUGAGGCUAAAUAGGCUAGACAAUAAACAAUGUUAAACUGAGGCUAAAUAGGCUAGACAAUAAACAAUGUUAAACUGAUGCUAAAUAGGCUAGACAAUAAACAAUGUUAAACUGAGGAUAAAUAGGCUCGACAAUAAACAAUGUUAAACUGAGGCUAAAUAGGCUAGACAAUAAACAAUGUUAAACUGAUGCUAAAUAGGCUAGAAAAUUAACAAUGUUAGUCUGAUGCUAAUUAGGCUAGACAAUAAACAAUGUUAAACUAAGGAAAAAUUAGGCUAGACAAUAAACAAUGUUAAACUGAGGCUAAAUAGGCUAGACAAUAAACAAUGUUAAACUGAUACUAAAUAGGCUAGACAAUAAACAAUGUUAAACUGAUGCUAAAUAGGCUAGACAAUAAACAAUGUUAAACUGAGGCUAAAUAGGGUAGACAAUAAACAAUGUUAAACUGAGGCUAAAUAGGCUAGACAAUAAACAAUGUUAAACUGAUACUAAAUAGGCUAGACAAUAAACAAUGUUAAACUGAUGCUAAAUAGGCUAGACAAUAAACAAUGUUAAACUGAGGCUAAAUAGGUUAGACAAUAAACAAUGUUAAACUGAUGCUAAAUAGGCUAGACAGUAAACAAUGUUAAACUGAGGAUAAAUAGGCUAGACAAUAAACAAUGUUAAACUGAGGCUAAAUAGGCUAGACAAUAAACAAUGUUAAACUGAGGCUAAGUAUGUUAGACAAUAAGCAAUGUUAAAGUGAGGAAAAAUUAGGCUAGACAAUAAACAAUGUUAAACUGAGGCUAAAUAGGCUAGACAAUAAACAAUGUUAAACUGAUACUAAAUAGGCUAGACAAUAAACAAUGUUAAACUGAGGAUAAAUAGGCUCGACAAUAAACAUUGUUAAACUGAGGCUAAAUAGGGUAGACAAUAAACAAUGUUAAACUGAGGCUAAAUAAGCUAGACAAUAAAAUAGACUGUAAAACUACUGUCUAUGUGAAUGUAUACAACCACACACCCCUCAGUAGUAUUGCUCUUCUUCGUCCUUCGCAUGCGGCAGACUUGACUUGAUCUGUAGUUUAUAUAAAGUGGGGGUCAGUCUGUUCGAUCAAAUGGCAAGACUUAGUCAAGAUGACUGGAAAUAGACCAGGAUGGAGUGGAUGACCAGUAGUGUGUGUGUGUUUCACUAUGCUCUUUAUGGGUUCUACAUCGCAGGAGUUGUCGGAAUUUUCUUUGUGUUAAUGUCAUACCGCUUACGAGACUCCAUCUCCGGGUUUGAUUUCAUAGUUUUACUUCUUUUUGACCGCCAACAACAAUACCCAAAUGACCACCAACCACACAUACCCAAAUGACCACCAACCACACAUACCCAUGACCACCAACAACACAUACCCAUGUCCACCAACCACACAUACACACAACCACCAACACAUAUCCACGACCACAACCACACAUACCCACGACCACGAACCACACAUACCCAUGACCACAACCGCACAUACCCAUGACCACAACCGCACAUAGCCAUGACCACCAACCACACAUAUCCACAACCACCAACCACACAUACCCAUGACCACCAACCACACAUACCCAUGACCACCAACCACACAUACCCAUGACAACCAACAACACAUACUCAAAUAACCAACUACACAUAACCAAAUGACAACCAACCACACACACUCAUGACCACCAACCACACAUACCCAUGACAACCAACAACACAUACCCAUGACCACCAACCACACAUACACACAACCACCAAUACAUAUCCACGACCACAACCGCACAUACCCACGACCACGAACCACACAUACCCAUGACCACAACCGCACAUAGCCAUGACCACCAACCACACAUAUCCACAACCACCAACCACACAUACCCAUGACCACCAACCACACAUACCCAUGACCACCAACCACACAUAGACACGACCACAACCACACAGCCACAACCGCCAACCACACAAACCCAUGACCACCAACCACACAUACCCACGACCACCAACCACACAUACCCAUGACCACCAACCACACAUACCCAAAUCACCACCAACCACACAUACCCAUGACCAUCAACCACACAUACCCAUCACCACCAACCACACACACCCACGACCACCAACCACACAUACCCACGACCACACACCUUACCCACGACCACCAACCACACAUACCCAUGACCACCAACCACACAUACCCAAAUGACCACCAACCACACAUACCCAUGACCAUCAACCACACAUACCCAUGACCAUCAACCACACAUACCCAUGACCACCAACCACACAUACCCAUGACCACAUACCCAAAUGACCACCAACCACACAUACCCAUGACCAUCAACCACACAUACCCAUGACCAUCAACCACACAUACCCAUGACCACCAACCACACAUACCCAUGACCACCAACCACACUUACCCAUGACCACCAACCACACACACCCACGACCACCAACCGCACAUACCCAAAUGACCACCAACCACACUUACCCAUGACCGCCAACCACACUUACCCAUGACCACCAACCACACAUACCCAUGACCACCAACCACACUUACCCAUGACCACCAACCACACAUACCCAAAUGACCACCAACCACACAUAUUUAUGACCUCCAGCCACACAUACCAAUGACCGCCGACCAAACAUACCCAUGACCGCCAACCACACUUACCCAUGACCACCAACCGCACAUACCCAAAUGACCACCAACCACACAUAUUUAUGACCUCCAGCCACACAUACCCAUGACCGCCACCAAACAUACCCAUGACCGCCAACCACACUUACCCAUGACCGCCAACCACACUUACCCAUGACCACCAACCGCACAUACCCAAAUGACCACCAACCACACAUAUUUAUGACCUCCAGCCACACAUACCCAUGACCGCCACUAAACAUACCCAUGACCACCAACCACACUUACCCAUGACCACCAACCGCAAUUACCCAAAUGACCACCAACCACACAUAUUUAUGACCUCCAGCCACACAUACCAAUGACCGCCACCAAACAUACCCAUGACCACCAACCACACUUACCCAUGACCACCAACCACACACACCCACGACCCGCAAGCACAAAAUAAAAGGAUGAAAUUGACACAGUCUCUAGACCUUCCUUUUCCUCCUAGUUAGUACAACGAUGACAUUGACACAGUCUCUAGACCUCCCUUUUCCUCCUAGUUAGUACUCUUUUUGGAAGUAUGUCGUCUUGUCACCUGCCCUUUCGUUCACGUGAUCCGUGAGGGGGGGUGGGGGGGGUGAAUCUGCUUUUGGGACAAAUUGAUAUUCAUGUAUUAUCAUUAUAUCUAUAUGAAGUUGCAACCCACAUGGUCAGUAUUUGUAGGGGCUUUGACAGUAUUUAUUAGAUAUGAAGUCAUAACACGGUGCUAAAGAUGCCUGGAUGAUAUGCUAGUAACGUUGUUGGUAUUUGGUAGGAUUGUUGGGUUUACCAGUAAGGUCGUAGAGUUUGUUAUGAGGUUAGAGUUCUUGUUAUUGUCGUGUUCCCACUAUUGUCACUGGUUAUAUACAUAUAUAGACUGCGGUCUCAUAUUUGGUCUAAAUCUCAUGUUGUAGUGAAAGUGGAACAGACGCCAAGCUCACCAUUCUCUCAGUCACCACCAUUCUCUCAGUCACCACCAUUCUCUCAGUCACCACCAUUCUCUCAGUCACCACCAUUCUCUCAGUCACCACCAUUCUCUCAGUCACCACCAUUCUCUCAGUCACCACCAUUCUCUGACAAUCUCGUUCUCCACCCUGUAGUGUUGAGGCGCCAUAGCCGCCCCGCCCGCCCGCCUCUGUGCACAUACUAAACGCAUUGGGCCUCCUACUGUCGCCUUUUCCAUGCCUCAUACAUACACGUGAACUGGGGGCCAUUUGGGGACAAACCCGCCCAUUGCUCGUGCCGUGCUCCCAAACCAACGCUGUCACGGACACCCACGUCCCAAAAACUCACCCUCCGAUCACAAGGGCCGGCCAUUGAAACGACGCAUGCAGCUGCCUGUGAGCCAUGCUUGGCCAACUGCUGUCAGGGGUGAGACAAUGACGCGUCAUCUCUCGUUAUUGUCAUGCUGAAAUAGGGGCCCCCCAAAAAAUUGUGUUUUUUAAAUCCCCACUGAACCAGGCGUGUGUGUGAGCAGUCAACCGAAUCCGACGUGACAGGCAGACAAAGGAGGCGGUAACAUAUGGAAGCCCCUUUGAACAUUUAAAAAAAAAAUAAACGUGUUCUUUUCGAUGUGGUCCGCCGGUGCUAUACUAAUAUUGACGCCCGGUUUGAAAUAAGACGCCUAGUUUUCUGCCUUCUUUCUUGUCAAGUAUUUGGUUAGCCCCUGGACGUGCUGGCGUUGGUUUUUUGUUGUUUUUUUUUAACUGGUGAACUCACUACACACCAACAACAUAGGAUAAUGGAUUGCAUAGGAUAAUAGACUACACUUCAAGAAAUAGACAUUUGAUUUCUGAAUUUAAUCUGCCUCAGGGUUGUUGUUGUUUUUUUACCAAACCGUGUCGUCAGUCAAGUCAUUGAUGUUAGCCAAACGGCCAGCAAGCCAUUUCUGUAAGCCCAAGCUAUCAGCAAGCCAUUUCUGUAAGACAAAGCUAUCAGCAUGACAUUUCUGUAAGCCAAACUAUCAUCAAGCCAUUGCUGUAAGCCAAACUAUCAGCAAGCCAUUGCUAUAAGUAAGCCAAACUAUCAGCAAGCCAUUGCUGUAAGCCAAACUAUCAGCAAGCCAUUGCUGAAAGCCAAAGCUAUCAGCAAGCCAUUGCUGAAAGCCAAAGCUAUCAUCAAGCCAUUGAGCUACACCUAACUGGUCCAAAUGACGGUUGAAGACGGAGUUGAAACGGAGGGAGUGUCAGGUCUGUAGACGUAAACUUGAGUAGAAAGUUGAGGAUAAUAUUGGUUGUCUUUGUUUUGGGUGGCUUGGAUAUAAUGCCAUUUGAGGGCCAAAGUGGGAUAUGUCAUGGUUAACAGACCUUUUAAUUAUGAGAGCUGGUGAUGGGUGGGUUAACUAAGCUCAGGGGGAUCCUGGAUGGGUUAACUAGAUAUAGUCAGUGGGGUCAAUCACAUCCUAGAAUAUUAUUGUUAUAGUUAUAGUGUGUGGGACAAUCACAUUGUUACGCACUGACUUGUAUUGGGAGAAAUUUAUCUCCUAUUUUAAUUUUGAUUGGCUCGUUGUAAGCAGUGCCUAACAAAGGACGAUACCACAGAAUCAACAAUAUUAAAGAUACGACCCAAAACAGUUUCUAGUUACAAUUAAUAAGAUUUAUUAUGUCUAAAGAUAAUUACAAAAGAAAAUAAAAUAAAAUUACAAUCUUCAACUUACAGUAUGGUGGAUCUCGUACCGGUACACAGUUAAUACAAUUAGAAAUAAUGAUGCCAAUAAAUAAUGCGAAAUAAACACAUAUAAGUAGGAGCACACAAAUACACAAAGAAUAAAACACGCCUCGUAAUGUUAAGNUCCAGAAGGGCUUAUGACGUGUUGUUUACAUAUCUCGGGUUAAGGAGUACAUUCCAGAAAGUACCCCGAGUCAUUAUACCCAAUGCGUAAUUGGAAGCCGAUUGUAAACAAGAUACUUCAAAGGCCUAAGCCACACCCCUUUGUGAACACAGCGUCUCAUGCGGGGUCAAUCAGAGGGCACGCACGAGAAAUAUGAUGUAAACAAGCUCUCUGUAACACACAUCCUAUAAUAUUAUUGUUAUAGAGGGUGGGGUCAAUCACAUCCUAGAAUUUUAUUGUUAUAGUUAUAGUGUGUGGGGGACUACCACAUCCUAGAAUGUUAUUGUUAUUAGUGGGUGGGGACAACCAAAUCUUAGAAUAUUAUUGUUAUAGUUAUAGUUGGUGGGGAUAAUCACAUCCUAGAAUAUUAUUGUUAUUAGUGGGUGGGGACAAUCACAUCCUAGAAUAUUAUUGUUAUUAGUGGGUUGGAACAAUCACAUCCUAGAAUAUUAUUGUUAUUAGUGGGUGGGGAAAUCACAUCCUAGAAUAUUAUUGUUAUAGUGGUAGGGGACAAUAACAUCAUAGAAUAUUAUUGUUAUAGUGGGUGGGGACAACCACAUCCUAGAAUAUUAUUGUUAUAGUUUUAGUGGGUGGGGACAAUCACAUCCUAGAAUAUUAUUGUUAUAGUUUUAGUGGGUGGGGACAAUCACAUCCUAGAAUAUUAUUGUUACAGUUUUAGUGGGUGGGGAAAAUCACAUCCUAGAAUAUUAUUGUUAUAGUGGUAGGGGACAAUAACAUCAUAGAAUAUUAUUGUUAUAGUGGGUGGGGACAACCACAUCCUAGAAUAGUAUUGUUAUAGUUUUAGUGGGUUGGGACAACCACAUCCUAGAAUAUUAUUGUUAUAGUUUUAGUGGGUGGGGACAACCACAUCCUAGAAUAGUAUUGUUAUAGUUUUAGUGGGUGGGGACAAUCACAUCCUAGAAUAUUAUUGUUAUAGUUUUAGUGGGUGGUUACAACCACAUCCUAGAACAUUAUUGUUAUAGUUUUAGUGGGUGGGGACAACCUCAUCCUAGAAUAUUAUUGUUAUAGUUUUAGUGGGUGGGGACAAUCACAUCCUAGAAUAUUAUUGUUAUAGUUUUAGUGGGUGGGGAAAAUCACAUCCUAGAAUAUUAUUGUUAUAGUUUUAGUUGGUGGGGACAACCUCAUCCUAGAAUGUUAUUGUUAUAGUUUUAGUGGGUGGGGAAAAUCACAUCCUAGAAUAUUAUUGUUAUAGUGGUAGGGGACAAUAACAUCCUAGAAUAGUAUUGUUUUAGUGGGUGGGGACAAUCACAUCCUAGAAUAUUAUUGUUAUAGUUUUAGUGGGUGGGGAAAAUCACAUCCUAGAAUAUUAUUGUUAUAGUUUUAGUGGGUGGGGACAACCUCAUCCCAGAAUAUUAUUGUUAUAGUUUUAGUGGGUGGGGACAAUCACAUCCUGUAACAUCGCACAGAGAGAAGAACAUCUAGAAUGUCACUACAAGGAAGCAUAGAGUGGUCAACUGAUUGAUGGCCACCACAUAAGAGUCAUACAGUUAUUUCCACAUUUGUUUGGAAGCCACAUAUCAAUUCUUAUCUCCUUUGACUUUGAUAAUGUUCAUCUUUUGACUCAAUCUGUGGCAUUUCCAAAUAACUAGCAUCUGAUAUGUCAUCUGUAACUAGAAUUUGCAAGUUUCUUCAAUCCAUAAAAACACAACAUCAACCCAAUAUCCACACAUUAUCCACACAAUAUCAAACCCAAUAACCACACAGCAUUAACCCAAUGUCUACACAACCUCAACCCAAUAUCCACAAUAGUAACCCAAUAUCCACACAUCAACCCAUUAUCCACACAAUAACGACCCAAUAACUACACAUCCAAUGUCCACAUAAUAGCAACCCUAUAUCCGCACAAUAUUAACCCCAUAUCCAAACAAUAUCAACUUAAUAUUUAGACAAUAUCCACAUCAAUGUUCCCAUAAUAUCAACUCAAUACCAACUCAAUAUCCACGCAGUAUCAACACAAUAUCCACACAGUAUCCAGCCAAUCAUCUCACAGCACCACCUAAUACUUGACCAAUAUGACAGAAGACUCAUGAGAACUAUAACUGUUUUACUUCCAAGCACCCCUAAUAGAUUUGAACACGCUGCCCUCUUUUUCUCAGGUGGGACGACUACCCAGAAUGGAAGGAAGGCUGUGGGAUCGGGCGGCAGCAAUGGCUCUGGCAAGGGAAAGGGGGAGUGCACUGAAACUGGGGGAGCCAAGGGAGGCAGCGAUGGCAAAAAGGAGAAAUCCAGCGAACAGAGUGGUGGCGGAGGAGAUGAGAGUUCUGGCAAAGACGACAGCAGCGGGAGUGGUGGAGGAAAGAAGGGUAACAAGCCACCACCAUGUACCCUCCCCACAAACAUGCAGCCAACAUUUUAUGUCAGUGGCGGGAACAACAGCAUUCUGUAAGUGACAGUGUGCAUGUAAGCAACAUCAUUCUGUAAGUGACAGUGUGCAUGUAAACAACAGCAUUCUAUUAGUGACAGUGUGCAUGUGAACAACAGCAUUCUAUUAGUGACAGUGUGCAUGUAAGCAACAUCAUUCUGUAAGUGACAGUGUGCAUGUAAGCAACAGCAUUCUGUAAGUGACAGUGUGCAUGUAAACAACAGCAUUCUAUUAGUGACAGUGUGCAUGUAAGCAACAUCAUUCUGUAAGUGACAGUGUGCAUGUAAACAACAGCAUUCUAUUAGUGACAGUGUGCAUGUGAACAACAGCAUUCUAUUAGUGACAGUGGGCAUGUAAGCAACAUCAUUCUGUAAGUGACAGUGUGCAUGUAAGCAACAGCAUUCUGUAAGUGACAGUGUGCAUGUAAACAACAGCAUUCUAUUAGUGACAGUGUGCAUGUGAACAACAGCAUUCUGUUAGUGAUGUGUGCAUGUAAACAACAGCAUUCCUUAAGUGAUGGUGUGCAUGUAAACAACAGCAUUCUGUAAGUGACAGUGUACAUGUAAACAACAGCAUUCUGUAAGUGACGAUGUGCAUGUAAACAACAGCAUUCUGUGACAGUGUGCAUGUAAACAACAGCAUUCUGUUAGUGACAGUGUGCAUUAAACAACAGCAUUCUUUAAGUGAUGGUGUGCAUGUGAACAACAUCAUUCUGUAAGUGACAGUGUGCAUGUGAACAACAGCAUUCUGUAAGUGAUGGUGUGCAUGUAAACAACAGCAUUCUGUAAGUGACAGUGUGAACAACAGCAUUCUGUAAGUGACAGUGUGCAUGUGAACAACAGCAUUCUGUAAGUGACAGUGUGCAUGUGAACAACAGCAUUCUGUAAGUGACAGUGUGCAUGUAAACAACAGCAUUCUGUAAGUGACACGGUGCAUGUAAACAAUAACAUUCUGUAAGUGACACUGUGCAUGUAAACAAUAACAUUCUGUAAGUGACACGGUGCAUUUAAACAACAGCAUUCUGUGACAGUGUGCAUGUAAACUGAUGUUGCUCAAUGUAAAAAAAAAAAAUGUGCUUUUAUUUGAUGCCAGUCCUUAGUACAAUAAACACAACGAUGCCUCAUUCUGGCUCCUCAUUCUCCCAUAGCAAUGACAUCAAUGUCCAACACAUCUGAGAUGUUCAACAGCUAGUGAUUGACUUUAAAAACUUGACUAGUGUUUCCUGAUUGACAUAAACUCUGUUCUGCUGUAUAUAUGUAUAUGUCACUAAUACUAUUUUUAUCUGUACUGUUGGUGUCUUUGAUAUAUUUGAUAUUGAUAGAUUUUUACCUUAAAUAUCUUGGGCAUAUAACAGGCAUUUACAUGUACUUAAAAUUCUGGAGUAUAUGAAUAGAUCUUUGACUUGAAACAUUUCACGUAUAUUUAAGAUUCUUUGUUUAAAUGAUUUUGUCAUUGUGAUAAGGUAGAACUGUUCCUGUACUGGGUGGAGGGUAAAUGAUCUUGUCAUUGUGAUAAGGUAGAGCUGUUCCUGUACUGGGUGAAGGGUAAAUGAUCUGGUCAUUGUGAUAAGGUAGAGCUGUUCCUGUACUGGGUGAAGGGUAAAUGAUCUGGUCAUUGUGAUAAGGUAGAGCUGUUCCUGAACUGGGUGGAGGGUAAAUGAUCUGGUCAUUGUGAUAAGGAAGAAAUGGUUAUGUAUUGUCAUUAGGUAGAAAUGGUUAUGUAUUGUGAUAAGGUAGAGCUGUUCCUGAACUGGGUGGAGGGUAAAUGAUCUUGUCAUUGUGAUAAGGUAGAGCUGUUCCUGUACUGGGUGAAGGGUAAAUGAUCUGGUCAUUGUGAUAAGGUAGAGCUGUUCCUUUACUGGGUGGAGGGUAAAUGAUCUGGUCAUUGUGAUAAGGUAGAGCUGUUCCUGAACUGGGUGGAGGGUAAAUGAUCUGGUCAUUGUGAUAAGGAAGAAAUGGUUAUGUAUUGUCAUUAGGUAGAAAUGGUUAUGUAUUGUGAUAAGGUAGAGCUGUUCCUGAACUGGGUGGAGGGUAAAUGAUCUUGUCAUUGUGAUAAGGUAGAGCUGUUCCUGUACUGGGUGAAGGGUAAAUGAUCUGGUCAUUGUGAUAAGGUAGAGCUGUUCCUUUACUGGGUGGAGGGUAAAUGAUCUGGUCAUUGUGAUAAGGUAGAGCUGUUCCUGAACUGGGUGGAGGGUAAAUGAUCUGGUCAUUGUGAUAAGGAAGAAAUGGUUAUGUAUUGUCAUUAGGUAGAAAUGGUUAUGUAUUGUAAUUAGGUAGAAAUGGUUAUGUAUUGUGAUUAGGUAGUAAUGGUUGUGAAAUUUUGAUUAGGUAGAAAUGGUUAUUCAUUGUGAUUAGGUAGUAAUGGUUGUGUAUUGUGAUUAGGUAGAAAUCGUUAGGUAUUGUGAUAAGGUAGAAAUGGUUAUGUAUUGUGAUUAGGCAGAAAUCGUUAUGUAUUGUGAUUAGGUAGAAAUGUUUGUGUAUUGGGUGGUGGAUAAGAAUACCAACUAAACCAAAUAUUAACUUUACUUUAGUAUUGAGGACAUUGCUAGGCGACCUCAUCAAAUCCCCCCCUCCCCCACAAUCUAUCUCAACAAAAAGAAUAUCUUGUUGAUGAACUGAUCACUCGGACAUUUGCUAUAAAUGUCUAGGUUUAUUUUUAUUCAAUUUUUAGGUUGUGCUUUUCAAAUAUGUUGUUUAUUGGUUUUUGCUAUUAAAAUGAUGAUGGUAUAUGGUGAUGAUGGUGAUGGCCAAGAGGCAGAAGAGACAACUGAAUUUCAACUAAACAUUUCAGUACCAGCUUCACAUUCGUUCACGUUGGUUCGUAUUUAGAUAUGCUGACCUAUUCCGGAGUUGUUCAUCAGUACUCCAGAUACCCACCAGCCUUGUUUAACUGGUUCCAGUGUUAAAUAAACUCUUCCUGUUCCAUUUCAUGGGUAUCAUCUAACGCCAUGACACGUAUGCUGGUCGUGAACCAGCGGUGUGUCUGGUACAAGUGAUGUGUCCAUCUCUUUGGGGCCGCUCAUUAUACGCUUUGAGACCCCUUUUUGUCUCCAUUCUGUCAUCAUCAUAUAUCAUCAACAUGCCUGUUGCCAUAGAAACAUGUUAGAUCUGAUAGUGUGGCGCCAAGCGUUAAGUGUAAGCGUUGACCGUGUCUAAUGUGGUGCUGAAAUAGUGGAGACAACCACCCAAGGGAAUCUACUCUUUAAACAUGGAAUCACAUGAAGGGAUAUGAUCCACAUUACAAUUGUUUGCCCCCCAUGCUGUCUCUUCUGUGGUCAUCAUUAUCAUGAGGUGAUCGUGUUGGGUUCCUACGACCCUCACCUUGUCAGUCAAUGUUGGACCUGUCACCAGCCAUCAUCAUUUUAUAUCAAGAACCAAUGGAUGUAGGCCCUAUCAUCUAGGAACGCCACAACUCUAGCACAACCUUACAGUGCAUUGAAAUACAAUGAGAGAGCAGGACACACUGCAAUUUAUUACAUUACAUUUUAUAUUAGGACAGACAAUGCAGCUUAUUACAUUCUAUAGCAGGAGAAAAUUAUAUUAUAUUUCACAGUUGUAUAGAAUAAUAAUGAUUAAUUACCUUUCAUUGUAUAUUAGGACAGACACCACAAUUUAUUAUAUUACAAAUUAUAGUAGGAUAGACACCACAAGUUAUUUUAUUAAAAUUAAUAGUAGGACAGACACUACAAUUUAUUUUAUUAAAAUUCAUAGUAGGAUUAGACAUCACAAUUAGUAUUACAAUUUAUAGUAGGACAGACACAACAAUUUACUAAAUUAAUAAUAGGACAGGCACCACAAUUUAUUGUAUUACAAUUCAUAGUGGUAUAGACAUCACAAUUUAUAACAUUCAAUAAUAGGAUGUAUGUAACAGUCAAUUAUACUUAAUAAACUUCACAGCUGGACAGACAUCACAAUUUAUUAUUUUACAUGGCUUAGUACGAAAGAAUUUACAACUUAUUACUUUAUAUUUACACAUUUUAUUAAAUUUCAUCAUAGGUAGGACAAACAUUCAAAUUUAUUCCAUUUCAUAUCAGAAAGAUUCCUCAGUCUGAUCAAUAUAAAAAAAGUAAAUUUUAUUUAUUUUAUUUUUAAAGCUCUGGCAUAAAGUUAAUACAUCAAAAAUACAUAAAGUAAUACAAACAUGCACCAAGAGCUUAUUACAAACACACACAAAAAUAAUGAAUAAACAAACAGACUGAAAGUAAUGAGUAGCUACAUUAAUGAUUACAAAGACAUCAAGUGUUCACCUCAAAUGAAACCUUCCCGUAUAACAUUGCUAGACCAACUCAGCAUGAUCCGAGUGAACACAUCAAACACUCGUCGUACCAGUCCAAGAGGCGGAAGAAACGCCGGAAACUUCAAGUGAUCCAGUCUGUUGGUCGACACAAAGUUGCCGGGAGGUUUUCUGAAGGAAGCAAAAAGGAAAAAAUGAGUGCCAUGUUUCCUCGUAUGUCCUCGUACGCCUGCCCCGACAGGAGGCCUACGUUUUAUUUGUGUCGAGGAAACAAUAGCGCGCUGUGAGUACACUGUUGAGCCAGAGUUACAAAGUUGAGCCAAAGUUACAAUGUUGAGCCAAAGUUACAAAGUUGAGCCAGAGUUACAAUGUUGAGCCAAAGUUACAAAGGUCUCCUGUCGUAAUGUUAGAUGACAUUCGGCUCUGCCAGGAGCUACAAAGACACAGCUUUCAAUAUUGGCCGUUGUUGUUGUUACUUUGAUUGUCAAACCAAGAGAUUGAUCUGUUCAGUGUUAAUGAUAUUAGGAUUGGUUUGUCCUAAGAUUUGCCUACCAAAUUAUCCAGCUUGGCUGAUGAUUUCAUUUAUCUGUGCAAAUAAGUUUUUUCAACAUGCCUCUGACAUGUUUCUGUUAAAUUUAGUUCAUUUUUAUCCAAAAAAGGUUGUUUGAUUAUAUUGUACUGUUCAAGUUACACAUUACUUUUUUUUUAAAUGUUUUUUUUUAAUAUUAAUAUAUUAUUACACAUUUAGUAUGUUGUCAAAUACAAAUAAUGAAAUAGUAUGUCAUAUAGGCCUACAUUUAAAUACAAUGAGCAUUGUUUUGUCUUAUCACAUUUUAUCUGUCUUCUGUUGCAGUAGUGUUUUACUUAAGUGAACUAACCAUCUUACUACUGUCUUACUUUUUAAUGUCAAAGUUUGCAUAGUUGAUUGUCUGCUUAUUUUACUGUCAAAGUCUGCUUAGACAAUUAUCUGCUUAUUUUAGUGCCAGUCUGCUUAUUCACUUAAUAAUUUUUUUAAAUUUUAAUAAUCAGCUUGUUAUAACUCAAAUUAGCAUAGGGAUGCAUUCAUGUCAUUUCAUCAAAUCAAGGGGAUAUAACUAAACUGUGUGGUGUUAUGCAACUAAACUGUCUGGUGUUUUGAAACUAAACUGUCUGGUGUUAGGCAAAUCAGCUGUCUGGUGUUAUGAAACUAAACUGUCUGGUGUUAUGAAACUAAACUGUCUGGUGUUAUGAAACUAAACUGUCUUGUGUUAUGAAACUAAACUGUCUGGUGUUAUGAAACUAAAUUGUCUGGUGUUAUGAAACUAAACUGUCUGGUGUUAUGAAACUAAACUGUCUAGUGUUAUGAAACUAAACUGUCUGGUGUUAUGAAACUAAACUGUCUGGUGUUAUGAAACUAAACUGUCUGGUCUUAUGAAAAUGAUAUAAAAUUCAAAUCAAUACAUGCAAGCUAUCCAUCUGUAAACUAAGAACAUAUCUCUAAUGUAAAUAUCUGUCUAGUCUAUAUCAGACGGUAUUCAUUUGCUUUGAUAACCCAGAAGCUGAGGACGUUGAUUUGAUUUCACUGAUACUUGCUGUUUUUCACAGAGUGGAAGGGCCCCUACUGGAGCUUGGAUGGAAGAAAACCACGGACAGGCAUGAUGAGAGAUACAGGCUGAAGUGGGUUGAAAACAGGUGUAGAAUCAACUACAUAGCAUUCAGAGAAGGUAACACGUUGAUAGAUUCAUCUGUGUGGUGUCAGCCUGUUGAUGGAAUAAUAAAAUAUUUAUCAACCUGUCUGUGCCUGGUUACAAAUGUUUCUUUGGCAUAAUAGAUCUCUGUCAGUUUAUUCCUUCUAGUCCUCGUCACCAGUCCUAAGCGCCUCAACAGAACAUUGGUAGAACGAAGUUUAUAAUAAAAUGGUGAAUUUCAGAAUGAAAAUGAUGUUCCAUCUUUUUAAGCUAAUCUCUCCCUGGCAUUCAACUCGUUAAGUCUGUGGGUGGGAAUCCUAAGAUCUAUCAUAAGGUUUGUCAUCAGAAAUCAAGUAUUUUAUUGAAAGCAAGAAACAAUUUUUUUUUAAAAAUUUAAAAAUGCUUGAAUGGAUGCCAACUUUUGAGGUAGGUAAUACAGUAGAGACUACAUUCAAGCAGUGUGAAAGAAAUAUUCCAGAUAAGGUUAGCCUUAAAACAACUGGUUGUCAAGUUCCUGGAGAAAAGUUACAAUUUUUGUUUUUUUCCUUGGUUUUUUUUUUCUUCUUUUGUUUGCAUAGAAAAUAAUUCAGCGGAAACAUGUACUUUAUUGCAAUACUUUGAAUAUUUCUUUGUCAAGCUACAAAUUAAAAAUAUUGUUUGUUAUUUCAGGUGAACAAUUGGUUAAUCACAUACCUAAUUGCAAGCUUCUUACGAAUAAACUAGGCCUACUGUGUAGUCUUCAAGAAUAUGAAAGAGUAACUCUGCUAACCAAAGGCAGACUACCCAGAUUGAAGAUGGCCGAUUUUGUUCCAGAAACUUACAAGCUGGAUGAGAGGAUUGAUAGGGAUAGAUUCCUGAGUGAAUAUAAAGGUAGGCUUAUUGCCUGGGUUGAUAGGGAUAGAUUAUUGAGUGAAUAUAAAGGUGGGCUUAUUGUGUGGGUUGAUAGGGAUAGAUUCCUGAGUGAAUAUAAAGGUGGGCUUAUUGUGUGGGUUGAUAAGGAUAGAUUCCUGAGUGAAUAUAAAGGUGGGCUUAUUGUGUGGAUUGAUAGGGGUAGAUUCCUGAGUGAAUAUAAAGGUGGGCUUACUAUGUGGGUCCAUUUAUUCUAGUGACCACUACAUCUCACAUACUUGUGUCCACUACAUCUCACAUAAUAAUAAUUAGUGGUCUUUUAUAGCACCGUACCCCAGCCUAGGGCUGGGCUCACCGCGCUGUGCAUAAAAAUAUUAUCAAAAAAGACUUAAUCAUGACAUUAAAAUAAAAUACAAUUAUGAAAUAAAGAACAGCAUGAACCACCAGACUUUUACAAGGCAAACCAUAGACGGCAGCCAACAAGAUCAUUUAUACUGGUGUCCAUUACAUCUCACAUACUGGUGUCCAUUACAUCUCACAUACUUGUGUCAACUACAUCUCACAUACUUGUGUCCACUACAUCUCACAUACUCGUGGCCACUAUAUCUGACAUACUGGUGUCCGCUACAUCUCACAUACUUGUGGCUACUACAGCUCACAUACUGGUGUCCACUACAUCUCACAUAUUGGUGUCCACUACAUCUCACAUACUUGUGUCUACUACAUAUCACAACAGAAGGAGAGACCUGGAUCUGUAAACCGACAAGUCUGAAUCAGGGAAAGGGCAUAUUCUUACUCCGAUCUCGGGAAGAGAUUAAUCAGUUGUUGACAGAGAGGGAGGCAAAAUCUUCUUGGACAAGGCAGGUACAGAUGAGAAUAGUGCAGAGGUGAGUUAACAUUAGGAAAGUGUUCGUUACAAGGAUGAUUGCAUUUGUUAGCAUCAUUGGUGAGUGAUUUUAUGAUCAUUUGACAUGACCUAUUGGAACAGUUGUUAUGAAUUGUAUGAUAUGAACUAUUGGAACAGUUGAUAUGAAUUGUAUGACAUGACCUAUUGGAACAGUUGAUAUGAAUUGUAUAACCAGACCUAUUGGAACAGUUUAUUUAAAUUGUAUGACAUGACCUAUUGGAACAGUUGAUAUGAACUAUUGGAACAGUUGAUAUGAAUUGUAUGACAUGACCUAUUGGAACAGUUGAUAUGAAUUGUAUGACAUGACCUAUUGGAACAGUUGAUAUGAAUUGUAUGACAUGACCUAUUGGAACAGUUGAUAUAAAUUGUAUAACCAGACCUAUUGGAACAGUUUAUUUAAAUUGUAUGACAUGACCUAUUGGAACAGUUGAUAUGAAUUGUAUGACAUGACCUAUUGGAACAGUUGUUAUGAAUUGUAUGAUAUGAACUAUUGGAACAGUUGAUAUGAAUUGUAUGACAUGACCUAUUGGAACAGUUGAUAUGAAUUGUAUGACAUGACCUAUUGGAACAGUUGAUAUAAAUUGUAUAACCAGACCUAUUGGAACUGUUUAUUUAAAUUGUAUGACAUACCUAUUGGAACAGUUGAUAUGAAUUGUAUAACAAAACCUAUUGGAACAGUUGAUAUGAAUUGUAUGACAUGACCUAUUGGAACAGUUGAUAUGAAUUGUUUUACAUGACCUAUUGGAACAGUUGAUAAUAAUUGUAUGACAUGAACUAUUGGAACAGUUGAUAUGAAUUGUAUGACAUGACCUAUUGGAACAGUUGAUUUAAAUUGUAUGACAUGACCUAUUGAAAGAGUCUGUAUGAACUACAUGACAUAUUUGGAGAUUUGACAUGACCUUUCCAGGACCUGUUUAACCAGCUUUAAGCAUACUUCACGUAACUUUAACUGUCUUUAUUGUCGCAUGACCAUAUCCACAGAUAUAUCCACAAUCCUCUGCUAAUAGAGGGACGCAAGUUUGACAUUAGAGCCUAUAUGUUUAUAGCGAGCACCGUGCCAUUUUUGGUGCUGUUCCACAACGGUUAUGUCAGACUGUCAUGUCAGAAGUACAGUCAGGAUGACACAAACUUAACUACCCAUCUUACCAACCAGGUAAACAUCACCUGUCUGUCCCUUUACCAACCAGGUAAACAUCACCUGUCUGUCCCUUUACCAACCAGGUAAACAUCACCUGUCUGUCCCUUUACCAACCAGGUAAACAUCACCUGUGUAUCCAUUCAUUAAACACAUCACCCUUAUUGCCACUUACCUACAAAGUAAACAUUAUGUAUAUUUUCACUUACCAACUAGGUAACCAUCUCUUUAAUUAUCACAUAUCCAAGCCUAAAGUAAAUGUUUGUUGUGUGUUGUAACACCUCCCCCCCCCCCCCCCUACCAACUAGGUAACCAUCUCUUUAAUUAUCACAUAUCCAAGCCUAAAGUAAAUUUUUGUUGUGUGUUGUAACACCUCCCCCCCCCCCCAAGCCUAAAGUUAAUGCUUGCUGUGUGUUGUAACACACCCCAAACCUAAAGUAACUGUUUGUUCUUGUGUGUUCCAGUUUGUGCAGAAAAAAGACCCAACUUACAAAGACAACAAGGAAGACACAGCUUGGACCAUGGAGAAGCUCAAUGAGUACAUCAACCAGACCAUUGGCAAGGAGAAAAAUAUGGACAAGGAUUGGGUGUUUGGAGGGCUAACGGUUAGUCGGUUACCUUGGCCUUGUAGGUUACCUUGGCCUUGUAGGUUACCUUGGCCUUGUAGGUUACCUUGGCCUUGUAGGUUACCUUGGCCUUGUAGGUUUUAGUCAUUAAUACCAUUUAUGGAUGAGUUACAACCAUAAAUGGAUUAAUUAGUACCAUAAGUGGAUUAGUCACUACCAUAAAUGGAUUAGUCGCUACCAUAAAUGGAUUAGUCACUACCAUAAUAGAAUAGACAACACCAUAAAUGGAUUAGUCACUACCAUAAAUGGAUUCAUCAGCACCAUAAAUGGAUCAGUCACUACCAUAAAUGGAUUAGUCACUGCCAUAAAUGGAUUAAUCAGUACCAUAAAUAGAUAAGUCCCUUCAAUACAAGAAUUAGUCACUUGUCUCUUUUAGUUCAGUUCUUAACUUCUCCCAAAAAAGAAUUGAUUAUAAUGAGCUAUAAUCUGACAGUUUUUGCAAUGUAAAUGUCCAUCGUACUAACUCAAGAUGGUGUCCUCUUAUUCGGUAGUCCCAUUAAACUCAAGAUGGUGUCCUCUUAUUUGGUAGUCCCAUUAAACUCAAGAUGGUGUCCUCUUAUUUGGUAGUCCCAUUAAACUCAAGAUGGUGUCCUCUUAUUUGGUUGUCCAAUUAAACUCAAUAUUGUGUCCUAUUAUUUGGUAGUCCCAUUAAACUCAAGAUGCUGUCCUAUUAUUUGGUAGUCCCAUUAAACUCAAAAUGCUGUCCUCUUAUUUUGGUAGUCCCAUUAAACUCAAGAUUGUGUCCUCCUAUUUGCUAGUCCCAUUAAACUCCAGAUCCUGUCCUAUUAUUUGGUAAUACAAUAUGGACUUGCAACUCCCCCCUCCCCCCUGCCUGUCCCAGGUCAAGAUAAAGGAGGAGAGUGUGGGCAUUAGGUUAAGGCAGGGGUCACCAAACUGUUUUCACUGCUGGCUGUAUAACGGACAAAAUGGUGGAGACGCAGACCGUAUGGACAACCCUCCCCCCACCCCCAUAUAUAUAUAUAUAAAUAAUCCCCUAAAGUACUUCUUGAAACAAUAGCAAAACAAAAUGAUAGAUCAGUCGGAUGAUGCAUUGUUGUACUACUUGGUACACUUCAUCAGCCUUGAAAGUGCUGCAACUGAACCACUACAAUUGCCAAAACUAGAACCCAGUAGGAGUAACGGAAGCAAAUCUGAAUUCAAUAGAUGUGGUCAUCUGGUCAGGACAACAGCCACCAGCAAUAAGUUGCAAUAGAAGAAAGACAUCCACACAGUGGGAUGCUGUGAACAAUCUUCAGACUGCUAGAAGAUGUCAGAUGGCUCUGUUGACUGCCAGUACUCCGAGGACAGCAAUAAAAAUGGAAAGCUUAGGGAAAAGAAAUUCGUGGAAAACUCUAAAGAGACUUGGAACGGAAUAUUAGAGGAGAAUCAGUGGCUAUGGGCAUGACAUUAACAAAUAUUUCCUUUACAAAGUGCUAAGCUUACUCUGUACUUAGCUCAACCCAAGUGACCCCAUUUUUCUGAGAAAUAUUUGUUUAUAAAUGUAUUCAUCCAUGUGAUGUCUGUUUACUUGACAGAAACAAAUGCAACGGAUCACCUUACACUGUUUCAACAGUGUCAAACACAAGCUGCAGUGUAAGAUUGGAUACUUUGACCUUUAUGGCAUGGAUUUUAUGGUGGACUCAGAUCUCAAGGUCAGGCAGUAGUUCUUGCUUUGUUUUAGUCAUUGCAUUUAAAUAAAACAUGUGCUUUCUUUGAUUUAUUUUCCAAUUUUAAAAAUGGUUUUUAUUGUGGCUUAUAUCUCAUUGCAAAAAUGAUACAUUUCAAAUUAGCAUGAUCGUCAGUAGAUUUUGUGUAUGGCAAGCCCAUUUUCCAUGUCAAAGUGAAGCAUAGUAAUUUAAUGUAGUAAUCCCACAAUGUAAAUCUGGUAGUCUGUUAAGGCCAAGAGUUGACCAACACAUCAAGAAUUAGGAGCUUAGUGCAGUGCAGCCAUUUCACCAGGGCCACGCUUUUAGUAGCAAUGAAAUAACACAAACCUAUCUUAUACAGAAGUAGAAUGAUCUGACUUCGUUCUUAUACAGUAGUGUAUUGUCUAGCUUCAUUCUUAGACAGUAGUGUAUUGUCUAGCUUCAUUCUUAUACAAAAGUACCAUGUCUAGCUUCAUUCUUAUACAGUAGUACCAUGUCUAACUUCAUACUUAUACAUUAAUACCAUGUUUACCUUAAUUCUUAUACAAUAGUAUCAUGACUAGCAUCUCAAUUUGAGAUUCCCUUACAAUCUUACUUCCAUUUAUUUCUCUCAGGUCUGGCUUAUUGAAAUAAAUGCCAAUCCGGCCCUUUGGACCAACUGCCAAGCAUUGAAAGAAGCCAUUCCUCGUGUUGUGAGAGAUGCAUUGUGUAUGUCAAACUUUUCCUAUUAUGUCAUAAUAUCCUUGCAUGUCUUAAAUUCUCAGCAAAAUACCAUAUUCCAUAGUGGCACCCUUUUUCUGUGAGUGAUCUGUUGCUUCUUAUCUUAAGCCAUUGAAAGUGACUCACGCAAGACUCUAAUAUUAGAGUGUAAUAGGUGUAGCACUUCGUUCAGGUUGAAGCAAUAAUAAGUAUAACGGGGGGGGGGGGGGGGGGGGGGGGGGGGGCACCUGAUAGAAGAUAUAUAAAAAAAACAACCUCUAUUUACUAUAAGGUAAAUUAAAAACUUUGUUUAUGUACAAAACCCUCUAUUUACUACUAGAUUAAAUGACCCAAUGUUAUCGGGAUAAUAAUGGUAGGUCCUUUGCAAUAAUUAUUAACUGCUAUUGCAAAAGCUCAAUUCAUAACUUUUAAAGUGUAAUGAUAUUUACGUUUCUAACAUCAUUAAGUUUUGAGAAGUGUUUAUCUGCUAUGUAUGAUGCGCGUACCCUAAACCCUUUCACGCUCCUAAACUACUUUUCCCCCUCUAAACAUGACCUUCAAUUACCCAGUCUAAAUUAUCACUAAUUAUAUCACUUUUGUGACUAAAGGAGUUAAUUGAGGGACAAUUACUAAACUAAACAAAUACUUUAGAUUUACCCCUUUUCGUGGCCUUGAAUUGCAACUUUUUUCUCUCAAAAUUUGUUAAAAACCUUAUCUUAAAUUUUCAACAAAAACUCUACACAUGAUAUAAAUAUAUUUUGUAUUACAGGAAUUCGAUAUAUAUUGAUAUCUUCAUCAAAAAUUUAAACACAUUUUUGCCUUUUUUUUAAAUUAUACAUUAUCAGAAAGUCGUAAAACAAAGAAUUCUUUUAUCUAAGAAGAAUCUCGCAACUGUUUUUCACACCCAUAUAAGAUUUCACUGUCUUUUUAAAAAAUUAAAUUGUAAUUUCAUAAAAAUACACACCUCUUUACUUUUUUGCAAAGUAAAAACAAAAAUAUAUUUCCAUUUUUUUAAAAAGAAUAUUAACCCAUUUUCAUUUGUCAUAAUUUAAUUUUCAAGUGUAUAAAAUGAUUCGGUUUUGAUAUUCAUGAAUAUACUUAUAUAAAUUUAUCCAAGAUUUGUUAAUGCCAUUGAUUUUCUUAAUUGGUAAACUUAUUUUUAUUUGUAAAAAGAGAAUUUAAAAUCUCUUUUUUCACAAUUUUAAUACCAUAGGAUUUAAAUAUAUUGUCAUCCAUGUAAAAAUGUACACAUCCUUUUUCCUAUCUCCAAUAUGUAUGUACCCAAGAAGGUUAAUUAUUAAUCAAAUUAAUUCCUUUAUUUUGGGACGUAUCUUGUAUUGCCUUGGGCAAAAUGAACAUACCAAUAUUUGUAAAAAGAGAAUGCAACAUCUUAUUUUUUUCACUAAUGUAAUACCAUAGGAGUUAACUCUGUUGUCAUCCACGUAAGAAUUUACACAUCUUAUUUCCUACCUGCGACAUGUAUUUACCCAAGAAAAUUAAUUAUUUAUCAAAUUCAUUCCCUUAUUUUGAGACUUAUCUUGUGGUGCCUUGGACAAAAUGAACAUACCCAAAUUUGUAAAAAGAGAAUGUAGCAUCUCUUUUUUCACAAAUGUAAUACCAUAGGAUUUAAAUAUAUAUUGUCAUCCACGUACAAAUGUACACAUCCUAUUUCCUACCUCUGAUAUGAAUGUAACAAGAAGGUUAAUUAUUUAUCAAAUUCAUUCCUUUAUUUUGAGAUGUAUCUUGUGCUGCCUGGGGCAAAGUGACCAACCCCUCCCACACCCAGAUUUAAUUCAAUUUAGAAAAUCUUGCACUGGAUUGUAGUCCCUUCCAUACCCAAACUAACAUAUUUUGCAUUUCAUAUGGUUCUUUCUUAUUUGUAUGAGGUAUAAGUGGAUUAGUGAAUGUUAUUUAGCUAUGGAUUUGAGAUGCACUGAUUGACUUAAAAAGCAUUUUCUUAUUAGAAUUAUAUUUAAAGGUUAGUUUUUAUUACGUUAUAAAUUUAAUAAAAGUAUAGUUUUGGAAUUUAAAAAAUGGCAUAACGUUUUGAAUGUAAAAAAUAUACAAAGGAAAAAUGUGUGUGUGUUUUAUUAACUAUUUAAAAAGCUAUAAAAAAAUUGUAUUUAUUAAUUUACUUUUAAGAAGGAAAAAUACAUUAUCAGUUUUGUCAUGGGCGGUUAUUAAAUUUAAAGAAACCUAAGAGUUUUGGCAAAAUAGGCUAUUCCCUGCUAUGACACAUUUGCUGAUUAUUUAGAACAAAUUAAUCUUAAUUUUAUUUAGCAAUUUUAAUAACGCACUAAAAGACGCACUAAAAACGACCGAUGCUUGGGUUUUCCCGAUAAAUGUGAUUAUGGUGUAAUUCUUUGAUCAUGAUUUUUAUUUUUUUUAUAACUUUCAAACACAUAUAAAAGGCUUAAAAUAUUUUCUUAGUUGAUACUUUAAAUGUACUUGUAAUUUAUAAUAACAUAACGUUAACUUUUAAUAAAAUAAAAGCGGAUUUAAAAUAUUUUUGCACAUUUAAAUUUAUUCGAUUUCUGAAAAAUAAUAGAGAAUAACUAUGAUUGUUUUUAAGAAUCUGAAUGUACUUAAAUCAAAUAGGUUCUUUGGAGUUACGUCAGUAUAGCUCAUUCUUAUAUAUAUAUAAGGUAAUUUACUAUAAGGUAAAUUUUACACUGUGUUUAUAUACAAAAUCCUCUAUUUUACUAUAAGGUAAAUUAAACACUUUGUUUAUGUACAGAAACCUCUAUUUACAAUAAUGUAACUUGUACACUGUGUUUAUGUACAAACCCCUCUGUUAGCUACCAAGUAACAACUCGCCCACUGUUUAUGCAAGUCUGUACUUACUAUUGGGUAACUCAUAUACAGUGUUUGUUUGUUUUUUUUCAUUUAAUUUCAGACUUGGCCAUUGAAUGUUUUGACAAAAGCCGUAAAGGUCAAGCGCUCCUUCCCCUCCAUUCACUCGGAGGUUACAAUGUCCUCUACUGUGGUUCCAAUGUUGCCAACGGUCAGCGCCAAAUUCGCAGCGUCUCGCCAUUUAAGGAUUCUGUGGAUAUGAGUCGGCCCACAGGUGCAGCACAAAUGCUUAAGUUCACUCAAGAUACCCAUCGAAUUCAUAUCAAACUUCUCAUCACAUGUACCUGGGCCGUGAUCGUUGUACCAUUUGCAUGUUACCUGGUCUUGGCAGCUUUUAAAUUAAAUUAGUACUAGUAUUCCUAGCUUGCUAGAGUCUCAUGGUGAGCCAACUAGAUUCCUAGCAUGCUUGAGUCUCAUUGUGAGCCAGCUAGAUUCCUAGCAUGCUAGAGUCUCAUUGUGAGCCAGCUAGAUUCCUAGCAUGCUAGAGUCUCAUUGUGAGCCAGCUAGAUUCCUAGCAUACUAGAGUCUCAAUGUGAGCCAACUAGAUUCCUAGCAUGCUAGAGUCUCAUUGUGAGCCAGCUAGAUUCCUAGCAUGCUAGAGUCUCAUGGUGAGCCAACUAGAUUCCUAGCAUGCUAGAGUCUCAUUGUGAGCCAACUAGUUCUAGUCAAGCAGGAACAAAUAAUAUAAUUAAUUUAGAGGUGAUAAUAUAGUGAAAUGUUGACAUAUGUUGGACAAAACUUGGACCAGAAAUGAAGAAUUGCUAGACCUCCUGCAAGCUGUGUCAUAUUUUGCUGACAUAAUCAUAUUUUAAAACACGACAUCUGGCAUUUAAAACAUGGCAUUUACCCCCUCCCCAACAAAAUGAGUGUUGAUAGUUUUGUGCUCAUGGUUUUAUUGUAGGACGACACAAAGACAUGUACAAGAAACACCACCAGGAUUGUGGGUCAGUAUCACCUGCCUAGACAUUACAUGCCCCAAAGAUAGAGGUAAAGAUCCAUGCCCUGUCCUCGACUCAGUGUGGUAACUCAUACAGCCGCCGUCUAUAGCGUAGUAGAUUUCAGGUGGGUCUCUCCAGGACGUCUCAUGCUCCCCGGAACGCUCCAAGUCCAUAUGUGUGUUGUCAGAUGACCCGUUCUAAAUGUAUCGUAACUUGUCACACAUGUCAUUAAUCAAACAUGACACACCACAAAAAAAAAAAAUUAUUAUGAGGAUGUUUCAAGACAGAAAAUGAACAACAUAACACCACUAAUCCACUACCACUAAUCCACUGUUGGACAUUUAAAUCCAAAUAAUUAUCUACUACGGAUGAAUACUAAGACUUGUAUGAUAUCACACUGUCAUAAUAAAACUUGUAUGGUAUCACUUAAAUGUAAUUGAAUGUUUGUGGAGUUGAAAUGUUUUUAAAAGGCAUGGAAACUAAUAUGAGACAAGUUCCUUACGUCAGUGAGAAAGAUUUGUUCACUUUGAGCUGUCCAUGUGUCUGCAGGUUUGCUUCUUAUGAAAUGCAUUGAAUCUUGAACAAAUAGCAUUCAAAGGCUAAAUAAUUGCAUUCAGUGGUGGGCAAAGUAAGGGCAUUCAGUGGUGGGCAAAGGAAGGGCAUUCAGUGGUGGGAAAAGGAAGGGCAUUCAAUGGUGGGCAAAGGAAGGGCAUUCAAUGGCUAAAUUCUUGCAUUUAUUGGUGGGAAAAGUAAGGGCAUUCAGUGGUGGGCAAAGGAAGGGCAUUAAGUGGUGGGAAAAGUAAGGGAAUUCAGUGGUGAGCAAAGUAGGGCAUUCAAUUGCUAAAUUCUUGCAUUCAUUGGUGGGAAAAGUAAGGGCAUUCAGUGGUGGGGAAAAGUAAGGGCAUUCAGUGGCGGGAAAAGUAAGGGCAUUCAAUGUUGGGAAAAGGAAGGGCAUUCAAUGGUGGGCAAAGGAAGGGCAUUCAAUGGCUAAAUUCUUGCAUUUAUUGGUGGGAAAAGUAAGGGCAUUCAGUGGUGGGAAAAGUAGGGGUAUUCAAUGGUGGGGAAAGUAAGGGCAUUCAGUUGCGGGGAAAAGUAAGGGCAUUUAGUGGUGGGAAAAUUAAUGACAUUCAGUUGUGAGCAAAGUAAGGGCAUUCAGUGGUGAGAAAAUUAGUGACAUUCAGUUGUGGGCAAAGUAAGGGCAUUCAGUUGUGGGAAAAGUAAGGGCAUUCAGUUGUGGGAAAAGUAAGGGCAUUCAGUGUCAAGAUAUAAGGAAUAUCUGUGUUUGUCUUAUGUGGGAUGGUCUACCACCACUGAUUGAUCUCUGUUUUAUUUGUAUUUGAUGUCCAAUAGAUUAGAAGUAAUGAGAAGGCUUUUUUAAUCUUCAACAAAUGUGCUUCUCAUUUCAACUUAGUUUGUAAACAAACACUUGAGUUGUUGACAGCUGAGGUUUCGCUUUAUUUUUCUAGUGCAUGUAGAUACGUCAAUAAUUUAGAUUACUUUAAAAAGAGUGCAUGUCCAUUUACAACUUAUUUUUUUAAUGUAUCUUGAUAGAAACGAAGCUAAUAUCCGAAACAAUUUUUCUCCUGACGUCCCUUGAUAAGUUAUGUCAUUUGAGUAUGGUGUACAUUUCUUCCUGCAUGACUACUAAACUGUCAUUUUUUUAGCUCCUAACACUUCACCAUUUUCAAAGUUUUAACUCCUGCAUAUCUUAGGUUUUUGUUUUGCUUUCGUAGUUUUUGAACAUCUGAAUGGUUCAAUUGAAACUUGAUGCAAAUGUUCCUAGACCCUGCAAGUUAAUGAGAUAACGUUUUAUUGGUGAGAUCAAAACAAGUGUCCUACAUUUGGACCUGGUAAAAUGAUGUGUUCUGUCCGACCAAUGUUUUAGACAGGAGGGUGAACACGUCGCCCUCGGCAGGGACAUCAGCUUAACAACUUUUCGGAUAUUAGCCAAAUUCUAUCCCAGAAUGCAUCAUUUUACUUGUAUGCUAGAUGGGUAUUUUUUUCAUUUUUUGUCAUUUUGUCCUCAUCUUGGGACAAUAUUGAUCACAGGAGAAUUUUAGAACAACAAACGUAAUCUUUUUUUACUAGUAUACCAAGAAAACACAUCAAAAUUACGAGAUGUUUAAGAACCUAGAACAUCCUAGAGUGAAUAGAGCUGAGGACAGAAUGACACAGAAAGUAGUUGGAUCUAUUGAAAUUAUCUGAGAAUAGUUGGGGUUUUCCCUCUUACUUUUGAAUUAGACAAAUGGAAUUAUUGAUGUGUUUCCAUGUGAUGAACAUAAAGAACAAAAUUGAUCAAUAAAAAUGUCCAGUUUUACUCCACAAAAAAGGUUGUCUAACUUGCAGGGUUUUUUCCUCCUGUUUUGUUAUUUUGAAAAUUUAUUUUUAGUUAUCUCCACUUGAGUCGAGAAUUUGAACUCAAUGAUGAGUGUGCGGGUGGGUGUGAUAACUUAUUUCAACUGUUGCUCAAUGUUAAUGUUAACCAGAACGUAUUGAUGAUGUAAUCAUAAAUUAUGUUGAUUAUCUACCAUCCCUCACCCCCACACACUCAUUUAUAUUUUAAUACAUUUUGCUGGAUUAUUUUUUUCCCUUUAAAACCACGUUAAUUUACAUCCUUGAAAUAUUUUAUCAGAUUCUACUGUUGUUUUUUUUUUACAUUGAUUCAAAGAUUCUCUUGAGAUUGUUAGUUGUUCCAUCGAGUAUUGCCUUGUUUUGACCAGUGUUCCAUGCAAAUGGUCAGCUCGUUUCAUUGAUAUUUUCCCCCAUGACCAGUGGCGUACCCAGGGGGCUGCCAACGGGAGCCCACCCAGGGGCAGCACUUUUUGGGUUUUCACGUAACAUUAUAGACAUGGUCCUUGUGUGUGUGUGUGUGAGAGUGUUAGGGAGGCACACUUUGGAGAGUUCAGCAUUUGGUCAAGGUACGCCACUGCCCAUGACCUGUUUGUAUGGCUUCACAUUGUUGUUUGGUUAUGCAGGGGUUUCUGACUGCCCCAAUUCAACUUGAUCAUCAACUCACUCUAAUGCACAUACUGGGAUACACAUUUUAAUUCAAAAAAAUUGUAUUAUCUUUGAAAUCUUAUGGGACAUUGUGGAUGAGCGUAACAGUGACAAUGUGGGUGAGGGUAAUAGUGACAGUGAGAGUAAUAGGGACUAUGUGGGUGAGGGUAAUGGGACAAUGUGGGUGAGGGUAAUAGGGUCAAUGUGGGUGAGGGUUAUAGUGACAAUGUGGGUGAGGGUUAUAGGGACAAUGUGGGUGAGGGUAAUAGUGACAGUGAGAGUAAUAGGGACUAUGUGGGUGAGGGUAAUGGGACAAUGUGGGUGAGGGUAAUAGGGACAAUGUGGGUGAGGGUAAUAGUGACAGUGAGGGUAAUGGGACAAUGUGUGUGAGGGUAAUGGGACAAUGUGGGUGAGGGUAAUAGUGACAAUGUGGGUGAGGGUUAUAGUGACAAUGUGGGUGAGGGUAAUACAUUGAUACAUUUAAAGGUGUCAUUCUAGGUCAUUAAAAAAAAAAUUAUAAAAUCAGUUUUGCCUCAAUAUGCACAGUCACUUAUUGCAAGGCUAGGUCAUUACAAUUAAGUUCAGAAUGCACUGCGCCAAUGCUUGAUUGCUAAUGGCAAAUUCAUUCAAUAUUUAGGAAGUGUGUUUUUAUUUUUUUUAAUGUAUAGCUUUCUACAAAUUGCUCUUUUUAUUCUAAUCAGACUUUAAGGAAAAAGGGCUUAAAAGCAUGACAUUACUUUUUUCUGAAUAAAUUAAUAGGUUAUAUUGACAAUUAAGGCUUGGUUGAAAACAGCAAAUGCGUUUUUACUUUUGUUAUAUCAUUGCUUUUAUAGCAAGAAUUUUCAAAUUUGUGUAAGCCUGCACUGUCAGUUUUAAAACAAAAUGGAUCGGUUGAAUUCAAUGAUAUCAAUAUUAUUACCCAUUAGGUACUGUUUUUUCAUUGAAUUUGAAGGAAUGUAUUUGAAGGAAGACUGAGAUACCUUAAAGGAUUAUUUCAUUUAGGUUAUAUCAGAUUUAAAAUUAAAGUUUGAGACAAUUAGUUCUGGUACCUAAUAGACCAGAGUUCACAAAAUGGGGCUCAUUAGGACAAUUUCAAUGAAUUAAUGUCAGUGUAUUAAUAAAUUAAUGUAUUACCCUAAAUUAAAUUUAAAUUUACAUGUCACAGGAAAAAUUUUAUUCAGCCACUGUUUGGCUACCAGUUUGAGAGCCCUGGUGCACACUUACUAUUUGUAUAAAUUAAAAUGAUGAAUUGAAUUUUAAGAUUUCAUUUUUCAUAUCAAUAUUUAGAGAUAAAAUGUUAAUAAAAGGACAUCUUGCUGUUUCCCUUUAUAAUAUUGAUUUCUCUUUGGCCACCAUCUUCCAGGAACAUCACCACCACAGAAUCAAAGGCGUCAUUCUCCUCCCCGUGUUAUAUCAAAGACCAACAUCAGUGGCAGCAGCCAGUCCAGCCAAGGGCUAGUAUCACCACCAGGUAGAUGAGUAUUUUUUAUAUCCUUUGACUUGAGCCAUUUGCCAAUAAUAAUGAGUUCUAAUCUACAGAUAUCAUCUGGUGUAAUGAUCACCAACCUGCUGCUCUUUGGUGGCAUACAUGAGGCUCAUUACAUAAGUCAGAGUCUAGAACAUUCGGCACAAAAAUAUAUUUUUUUAGUGGAUAUCAUUAAUGAUUAGAAUAAUAAUAUUUUAAAACUCUUUAAACAAGACUUACUUUCAAAAAUGAAUUUAAAUGUACUAAAUAGUAGAAAAUAAUUUAAAAUUUCUUAAAAUGCACAAAGAAAGUAAAGCCAAGGAUUCAAAUUAAAUCUAUAAGAAAUUUAAAUGUUUUACUUUUAUUUAUUUUUAAAAUUAUCUUGUUGCACACAUUUUCUGUGCCUGCUGGUAAAGCAUAAUAUUAUAGAAAAUUGCUUUGCUUGCGUAACAUGUAACUUUAAAAAAAAUAAACUUGGGUAAUGCAGCAUAUUCCAUUUUAUGUUUAAAGUGAAACUUUAAAAUUUAAUAUUAGUUGUAAUUUUUUUUUUUUUUAACAUUCUUAGUAUCAAGUUCAAAAUUGGAAAAAAAGCCUAGCAGUGUCUUGCCAACAAUCAACAUAGGAGCUAAUGUUAAUAUGACCAGGCCUGGUCCUACUGGUGGUUACAGUUAUUCAAAGAAACAGCAGACGUAUGAGCCACAGCAGCAGAUUUCAAGAGUUUCUAUGUCAGGAAGCGCUUCAGGAGAGGACCACAAACUUCGCAUGACUCAGGCAGACUCGGGUAGCAGAAGAUCAAAGGAGAACAGAGGGCAUUGACUUGUCUAGGGUUUUAACUGUGGGAAUAGACAUGUCUAGGUUUUUAUAACAUGCAAUUGACAUGUCUGGGUUUAUAUAGCAGAAGGAGUGGAAAUGUCAUUGUUUUUUAUUACAGAAGGAAUGGAAAUGUCUUUGUUUUUAUAACAGAAAGAAUGGAAUUUCAAGGUUUUUGUAACAGAAGAAAUCGACAUGUAUAGGUUUAUAGAUGUCUUCCUGACCUGGCUAUCCUAACCUCAAAUUUGAACCAUCAGCACGGCUAUCUGUUAGACUUCCACAGCUGUGUUUGCCAGGUGGCUCUGCAUCGGAUCAGUGUCAUGUAUCUGAACUCUGUUCUAUUUCCAUCAAGGGUUCAAGAAAUGUUUGUGGUAUUGGAGUGUAUCCCUGGAUGCCAUCUCUUGGGUGCUGGUUGUACAUCUUCUCUGAACUUUAUUGAACUGGGGAUGGCAAAAUGGCAAAGAUGCAGGAGGAUUUACAAACAGUUGUAUCAAAUGUAAUGCUACAUUGAGAUGCUACAAGGUCAAACUGGAAGUGACUUGUGUUCAUCGAUGAAGCUCACUGCAGGCAUGUUUCAGUGGUCAUGUAGCUAAGGAACCAAUGCAACCAUUUAUUUACACUGAGAUUUUUUUUUGUCUGCAUUUUUGUAAAUGGAAGUAAUAUAUAUUAUUAAAAGUAUUUUUAGGUUCAAAAGUUUAAGAUGAUUCAACCUUUUAUUAAUUUAAGACUACUUGAUUUAUCAAUAUUUUAGGAUCCAUGUUUUAGGAUUUUUUAAUAUAAUAUAAUAAUAUUUAUGAUAAUUUAUUUUUAAUGAUUUAUAUUCAAUGUUAUCUUAAAUAUUUUCAUUUUAAAAUUUUUCAUUUUUAUAAUUUUUUUUUUUUCACUGAAAGUCCUAUUUCAUUUAGUGCAACAUCUGAAAAUCUUAUUUGAAUUGCUUAGAAGUUUUGAAGUCAGUGAGAAGCAUUCAAUAACUGGGAUGAAGUCUUGCAUCCUAGUCAUUUGUUAGCCCUAUAUAUGGAGUUGGUACAGAUAUCUACAUGCUGUUGAUCCAGUUAUCUUGCAUUUCUCUUAAUGUCUGACUAUCAACAGGAAAAGUGAUUUGUAGCCUACAUAAUCAUUACAGUCAACACAUCAGUUGUGCUCUCUAACAGAAGAUCAGGUUAGAUGGCUGAAAAAGUUGUCUAUAAGUGUUGGCCACAUUCCAUGAUAUUGUGUUUCAUGUUUGUACAGAAAAUGCACUUGUCGGCUUUGCUCUUCUUUGUUGUACAAGAACUGUGACCAUUAAAAGAAAGAAAUAGGAACAGUAGGAGGUGAACCUUCAUUUGAACUUACAACUUGACUGUCCGAAGAGAAUUUGAGAAAAGUCUAUCUAAACUACCGAAAAUAUAGUAUGGUGUACAUAGAUAUUAGCCCAUUUGGUCUCAUCUUAUUGAGUGGGAUAAAUCUUUAGAGCUUUUAAAAAAAAAAAAAAAAAGAAUAAAUAUUGAAUCAAUUUUAAGUAACUCAUUUUUCUCUACAAGUUGUAGUUGUUUGUUUCAUAGGAAGGUUCAGCUAUUGCACCACAUCUUUGACCAAAAAAUGUGCCCAACCUCUACUCUGAACACAACUGCUGCAGAGCUCUAUGUUCUGUGGGCAGCCAGACUUUACAGCUCAGGAUUUCUUGGGCUUGCUGCUGCACCUGAGCUCUUCUGUGUGUUCAGUGUUGGAGAUUGGCCGUGGUCAAAGGAACGGUGUCUUCCAUUCAAGCUCACCACACAUUCCCUUAAUCACUAGGAAUAGCCUUCGUGACCCUCCCUGGGCUUGUGAUCGAUGCCUGUCUCCAACAACACCUUCAUGUGGUGAUUCUCUGACAUCCUGCCUGGAAGUACAGGCAAUGAAAGUAUACUUUAUAUUGUAUAACCAUUUUUUGAUAGAUAAAUAUAUUUAUAUACACAUAUUCAGAUACGUGUGUCUAUUUAUAGAAGCAUACUGCUGUUGUCCACAGGGCCUUUAAAUGUUUCAUUUACCACUAUUUCAUCUAAAUGGGGCAAAUCUAAUGUUUGAUAGGGCACAAUCAAUGUUACCCCUUUUUUUUUUUAAAGUUGUAUUCUCGCAAUGAAGAUAAUUUUGAUAUUUAAACUUUUUUUUUUAAAAUGCAUUAAAACAGAAGUAUAAAACCAAUAUUGCAUAAACUAUUGAAAGUAAUAUUUUAGUUUGUAUUACCCGUUACCUUGAUUUACACCAUUGCAUUUGGAAUGUUCCGAUUUAGGACACGUUCUGACAUGUUACCACUGUUUGAUUCGAAUGUUUCUUGGUUACACUUAGUUAAAGCUAUUGCUAAAAGCAAUCAGUUCUUCUGAUCCCUGCCUUUAACAUUACCGUACUUACCCACCCCCUGGACCAAAUAACUAGUAAACUUCCCAAAACUAUAUACAAACAUGUUUUAAAUAGCAAAAAAACAACAUUAUUAACAAACUAUUAUUUAAUUAGUGUUUGAAAUUACCGGUAGUUGGGGUUUUUUCAUUGCAAGUAAUUUUUGCAUCCUGCCUGGAUUGGUUGUGGAUCCCAAGGAGUAAGUGUCUGUGUCAUCUCAAUGUCACACCGUAAAAUAGCUGUGACGGUGUUUGUCAUUAAGUCUGGUUCUAUCAGUCGUAGCUUAGAUCUUUGCUGUGAGCCAAGAGCUGAUUUUUUUUUUUUUUUUACAACAGAGAAGACAAAAACAUAGUUUCAGAUGAUAGAUAAUGUUAAGAUGAUAGAUAAUUUAAGAUAAUAGAUAAUGUUGAGAUGAUUGAUAAUGUUGAGGUAUCAUGGGUUAGAAUAUUUUAUAGAGCUUAAAAGAUAACUGGUAGACAUUGCAUUUCUUGUUCAUGUUACGACAGUCUUAAAGUUACCUCAGAUACUUAGCUGUCACUAUUCAUAAAAUAUUUCUGCAAUAGCUCUGUUUUUAGUUUAUAACUAAUUCACUUAACCACUCCUGGAAUGACCAAAGUUCAUUUUUAAUAAACCAAUAGGAUUUCAGCUUUAUAUAAAUCAACAAAACAAUUCAAAACCAGUUAAAAUAAUGGUAAAACUCAAAACCAAGUGCAAAGUAGGAGCCAUGUGACUUGGUGUGCGCCAUGUGACUUGUUGAGGGUUACACUGACCUAGACACCACUUGUUUUAAUUGAUAAAUGCUCUAACUUCCUUCACUUCUCUUUUGUUCCAAGCAGAAAAUGACUUGAAUCCAGCACCAACUUAUGGGAAACUUGGAUUUUUUUUAAUGACAUGUUGAAAUGAUGUUGAUACCUGGACUGUGAUAUGGAUAUGUUGUAACUCAAUCCUAUAUUAAGCAACCACAUUGAACCUAUCUCUAAGGUCUGUGAUAUUCCAAUAGCUUAUCAUUUUUAUUUUUGCAUGGUCUGAGCAGCGCCCUCUUCCCCCCUCCCCCUGAACCUUUUUGCACUAUCUGCCUUGCCAUUAUUUUUAUUGCAUGCCAAUCAUUCCCAAUAACUUUCUAGAUGUAAGCACUAAAGAUUUAUUGUGCUAAGUAAAAGUACCAUUUUUGUGUUAUUAGCCAUCUUUAGAUAACAGUCUCAGUUAUUGUAGUCUCUUGGUUGAUUUUUUUUUUAUAAAACCAAGUACUUUGAAUUGCUGUGUGGUAUUUGUUGUUUUUUUGUUGUUUUUUUUUUGGUUGUUUUUUUUUUUUUAUU